AUGUUUAGACCCAUCAUUAUGUUGAUCAAGAAGUACGAGGAAGAGGAAGAGGAGGACGAGGAGGAAGAGGAAGAAGAAGAAGAAGGAGAAGAAGAAGAGGAGGAGGAUGAGGAAGAAGAAGAGGAGGAUGAGGAAGAAGAAGAAGAGGAAGAGGAUGAGGAAGAGGAUGAGGAAGAGGAUGAGGAAGAGGAUGAGGAAGAGGAAGAGGGAGGAGGGGAAGGAGAAGGUGUAGGGGAUAGGAUUGAUGAUAUACGACAGGCAGGGUUGAUGAUGGCGAAGAGUACUGCUGUCAAGACAUCCUGCAGCAGCAGCAGCAGCAGCAGCAGGAGAACGGAAUAUUGUAUCUGCUGCUGCAGUAUAAGCACCAUCAUUGCUGCUGCCGUUGCUGCCUAA